GGGUUUAGUGCUUUAGGAUAUUAACAUACUUACUCAUAACCCUUUCCCCCUUGUUGAACUUACCCGCAGAAUUGGUAUACUCCUAGUGCCUGGCUGAGCUGAAGCGUUGGACUAGACAAUAGGAGCAAAGACAAUUAACUACGAGGGACCACGAAUGCUGUAUUUAAAGGCAAUGAAACUCAACGAGAGAUAAUCUGGAUCUGUGUUCUUGUUUGUCUAUGCCUGUGUCGGCUGCCAGAUUGUGGGGACGAGUGAGCAGAGGAAAUUCAAAUUCUGUCGAACAAAAAGUAUCUGCUUCUCCUCGUGAUUUGUGAGGGUCAUUGCAGCUUCGUAAUUGUGAUUCGUGACGAGGGAAAUCGAAAUCUCGUAGCCCUGAUAUAAUUGUAGCCCUGCUCGUAUAGGUUCUUGGUGCUCCUUCAUUUCGUUCCCGAAGUAGAUCGUGUGUUUUUGAGUGAAGCUAGCAGACUGUCGCACCAAUAAAUAUAAUGACGUCGUUGUAAGUAUUUACUAGUUUAGACGCGCAGUUCAUCUUUGUAUUUUUCGUCGUUGAUAAUUUAGCAUAAUAAGACGAGGACUAGGGUAAAUCUUGGGCAGAUUGCCGAAUAGAUAUGCAUCAUCAGGACGAGGAUGCGCAACAACUUCCACAUAGUUUCAUUUUCAUCAACAAAUAUAAUCCCAAUAUCUCCGUAGUAGAAGAGAAAAGCGGCAAGGUCAUCCCCUGACCAUUCGUUUUACUUGCUCACUCGUAACAACAAUCAAGAAAGCACAUCAAACAAGAUGAAGACGUGCAAAGUGAUGGGCCUUCUAGUUGGCUCGUCUUCCGCUCGUGACGCGUUUUUGGCGAAGAAGAACCACCGCAUGCGCGGGUCGAACUUAUGAAGAAUGCCCUUCCUGUUUUUAUUUCUAGAAAUGUCUUAGUCUUACCCCACCUCCCCCUUCCCUCCUGUUGAAAUUACCCUGUGAAUGAGUAAACUACUACUACUGCUUUUGUGGAAAGUUAAAGUCUUCAUGUGUAAGCGUGCAGGAAGAUCCACAAACCCCUAUCCUAGCUCGUGUCUGUGUGAACGUGUACUAAGGCUUUCUGCAGUGUCAGAAUUUUCGCACUCCAAUUCUCAAGAAAAUGGAUUGGCAGACUAAGAACGCCACCGCUGUGGAUGAAGAGGAUGAGGCGUCGUCGGUGUCCUUCCUCGAAACGAAGGCGAAGCCGAAUGUAGGGGACAAGUGCUCAGCUCGAACUCUCUUUAGAUCUCAAAUCGAGGAUUUUUGUCGGGGAAAAGUGCUCGGGGUGACGGAAGACAAAGACGGAAAAACAGUGUUGCGGACUGAGUCAUGGCCGCACAGAUCUUACGGACAGAGCUAGAGCAUUGAAGUUAUUUCGUUUAUAAAGUGGCAGUAGUAUUUAUAGCAGAGUAGUUUAUAGCACGCAUGGUGCAUGGAGUGCAUGGAGUAGCAUGGAGUGCAUGGAGCGCAGAGCUUUAAGGGGCGCAAGAAGCUCCCCCUUUAGCUCCAUGCUACUCCAUGUGAUCCAUGCACUCCAUGCCAUGCGAGCCGUGAAACCUUAUAAACUGCUCUGUUAUAGUAUUGGCAAUCGACCUCAUUUCCUUAAGAGCUUUUCUUAAGGGGCACCCCUUAGCGAAAUGGAAACCCUUAAGGAAUUUCCGUUGACGCUAAGUCAACCAAUAACUGCACAGAGACGGCCUUUAUUGCCGCCUCCUCGUCUUGGAAGUGCUCCGCUUCGCGGCUUUUGCAGCUUGCUUCCUCUUGGCUUUUCUGUCUUUUGGUUUCGUUUCAUGUGAUUCCCCGCGCCCCUCCAGAGUCCACCGCGCCAGCCUGCAGAUGUGUGCUGGGGGAUUCUGGAGGGGCGCGGGGAUUUGGAGGGUGCCGGAGGUUCUUGGCCCGCAACUGGGUGAGGGUUUUCCAGAAGGGAGCGCAGUAGGUGGCGAGUGUUCUGCGGAUUCAUUCGCGUCAUGCCUGGAAGGGUUGGGCUUUGCCUGGGCUUUUGCAGUCCUUACCCUUAGCUGAGUGCUCUCCUUUCAGACCCCACUCGUCUGUGGUCAGGUUUUUCACUAUAAUCGGAGAGGUUUGAGGCAGUCCGCCUGGGGUUCUUCGUUCUUAGGUCUUUUCAUGUUGUUAAGUGUUGGACUUUUGACCACUCGGCGCCCCGAGGCUCUCGCGCCGGGUGGGAUUAGUUGCAAGGAAGAGAGACACGCCGCCGCCUCUAAAAAAAUGGCCAGGCCAUUCCCCACGCGUGGCGCUGUGCGUGCGCAGAUUGUCGGUGGGGUUUGCUGGCUUUGUUCGCACUCUUUUGAAGUAUUUCAGCGGGGCGGACGUUUUCGGGGGCUUCGCUGGAAUUGAAUAGACUCCCCCACUGUUUGCCGUGUUCCGGCUCGCAAGGCCACCCUUGACGAAAAAACUGAAGUGGUGUCUUCAGAUUUUUUCCAAAAAUGGCCCUGCGAGCUGGAACACGGCAAACAGUGGGAGAGUUUACUUAAUUCCUUGGCAUUUACACGACAAGGAAUUGGUGAUAGACAGGAGACGGGCCUGCCAGGGGCAACCCUCUCGAGGGGGAGCGCAAGCCUGGGGAGCCUUUUUCUUAGGCGCCUUGGUACCCCAGCAGGCUUGCCACGCAUGUGCCUUGAAGUCGGGGCGGCAGUGCCAGUGGAAGCGAGUGGGCGCCCUUAUUUACUGGCGACUGAGUGCCUCUGGGGGGCUCAGCACAGCUGGCCUCCAUCCCUGACCGUGGGCGAGUAGCUUGGGGCGGCAAGGAGAAAAAGACGAGCACCGCCAGGCGGCGCUGGUCUGCGGCCGCUGGUGCAAGUUGUUGCGCCGUGUGGUCUUUGUUGUCUCGCUCGCUCUUCCACCAAGAUCCAAGCGCCAGCAAUGAGGACGAGGCCCAAGCGAUGGAGGAGGCGCCCGCGCUUACGGUUUGUCAGUCGCUCGGCGGCGGCUUCGCUGCGUGUGGCAUUCCGACCAACGUGAACGGCCGCGCGCUGUCGAUCUCAGAGUGAGGGAGCGGGCCUCUGCUCUUCGUUGUCAUAAGUGCCCAUAGAAGUGCGGCCGCUUGUGGCCUUCCCUCGGUCGGCUCUGCCGGCUAGGAGAGCCUUGCCGCGUCCUUGAGACCGCCCCCCCUCCCCCCCAAAGUUUUGCGAGGGCAGCGUGGCGCAUUUAGAUUAUCGCCUUGAGAUCUUCGACCAGCGUGCCGCCUGGGUGUCUCUGCUGUCUUUGCUUGCCUCUUGCUUCGCUUCUCUCUUGCGUUUAGUUUUGUCCGCGCUCGCCCUUUCUUUGGUUCCUCCACCCUCCCAUCUCUCGGGCCCUUUCGCUUCUGGUGUGCCUCUCUCCUCGUCCUCAUCUCCCCUACCUCUCUUGCCUUUCGUGCCCUCUCUUGCUCCAUGUGUGAGAACUAAGCACGCGCCUCUCGUCUGUUGCUGUUCUCUUAUUGUUCUCGCGCUGCUCUCUUGCUGUUCUCUUGUUGUUCUCUUGUUGUUCUCUUGUUGUUCCCUUGCUGUUCCCUUGCUGUUCUCUUGCUGUCUUCUUGCUGUCUUCUUGCUGUUCUGUUGCUGUCUUCUUGUUGUUCUCUUGUUGUUCUCUUGUUGUUCUCUUGUUGUUCUCUUGUUGUCCCCUUGCUGUUCUCUCGCCGUCCUCUUUCUGUCGCUCUCUUUCUGUCUUUGGGCUUCCGCACCCUCGCCGCGGUUUAUUCUGCUGCGCUGUCCUUGUUGUUGUCUUUCUGUUGCUGCCUUGGUGUUGCUCUUCUCUCUCCGUUGUUGGUCUUCUUUCGUUGUCUUCUUGCUGUUGUCUUCUUGUCGUUGUCCCGCCGCUGUUGUUCUGUUGUCGUUGCUCCCCCUCUGUCUUUGGGCUUCUCCGCUGUUGAAUGCUUUUUGUCUGGGGGCGUCUUUCUGUUGGUGUUCUCCAGUGUUUUUUGGUAUUGUCUCUUUCCCGCUGUUGCUCCUCUGCUGUCGGCACUGCGCCCGCGCGGUCCAUCGUGUGGCCCAGAGCCCUGGCCAUAACUGGACGGCGUCGGCCCAUGCGAUGGGUGGGAAGACACGCAGGACAAAGAGAGGGCUGAGGCGCUCCGCGUGCUGGCGGAGGAAGAGGUGGCCAGGAUAGGACGGCGGAAGGAAAUGACAAAGGCGGCGGGCAGCGCCCGGGAGCCUGAGGACGUUAAGGCCAAAAGGGUCAAGGAGCGGGGUUCGGUAAUAGCUUGGGCCCGUCGCAUGUCUUUGAACGUCUACAGGGCCUUCCAGGGGCGUGGGGCUCCGAUGGAAAGGAGGACGGGGAGGCGGGUGCCUGCCUCUUCCGCAUGCUAGUGGGUAGCUAAGAGACUCAGGCGGCCCAAAGAACCGGGAGGACAGACAAAAGACAAGGAGGAGGAGGACCCAAAAAAAAAGACUGGAAAUAUAAAGCGUAAGGACCAGGCCCAAACUGGGAAAAGAGGGGCCGCCGCUCGCUUGGGAAGACCUGGCAGAGAGGGCGAAGGCAGUCACCGCGGCAAGCAUCUCAAAGGGCAGGGAAAGGCGGGGCGCGGCGGUUGUCAAAGCUGGGAGGGGGGAGGAAACGGGGAACGAGCUCGAGAAACUUCGGCGAGAGUGAGCCAAAGUCAUAAGGGAGAGAAGGAGAGAAAGCGGGCGCCACUGUGGCGCAUCUCUGAAAGGAGUACGGUACCACGACGGGGGGAGAACGCCGGUGGCUGCAUGACAGGGCUGGCGGGGCGAACUGGAGACGAAAAAGAGGUGGGAAAAGAACAGCAAGCCCCCGGACCAGGAAAAGUAAGGAGAAGCAAGGAGAAAAAGACGAAGGCAACGCGCUGAAGCAGCAGCUGAAGGAGGACGCAGCGAGGCGCUGCAGCCUACGCAACCAGGAGGAAGAAACGAGGGAAGGCGCAGCAGGCUUGGAAAAAGGAGCGGGGGCUGCGGGGAGGUGGGGGGAUAGGUUAAGAAACCUCGCAAGGGGAAGCAGGACAGGCGGAACAAGUCAGGCAGCUGCAUGAAGUGGCAAGACAGCACAGGGGAGCAAGCUGGGGCGGAAAGAAGGGGAGCGAAGGCAGCGGCAUCAGGGAGAGAGACUCCGACGGAAAGCGCGAACGAACUGCCAGGCCGGGCGAAGGAGUCGCGGGCUGACGCUUCCCGCGAGCGCAUCGAAGAGCUGUGGGGCACCAUUGGGGACGAGGAUAAGGACACCGAGGCCAAAUGGCUCAAGGCCAAGAAGGAGCCAAAACGUGGAACGUGGCUGGUGAAAAUAGGCGAGGGGCUCGGGAAAGAGUUGGAGAGCAUGGGCGCCAAUUGGCUGCUGUGGCAGGCCCACAGGGAAACAAUCGAGCAGGCCGCCGGGGCAUGCGAAUGCAGCGGGGCUGGAGGGUGUCAGAGGUGAAGUCUUUAAGCCAGGCCUGGGGAACUAGGCCAGAGUCUUGACCUUGAAGGAGCUAGGCGCGCGAAGCGAGCGGGGCUGAAGGGCUGCAGACUGGGCGGGUGGCAUGGCUGUACAGGGGGAAGGGGAGCAAGGGCGAGCGAGUAAAUUGCAGGCCAGUUGCCGCGCUGCAGGUCACCUAAGUGCAACACACACACAAGACAGCGUGGCAGAAUCAUAAGGGACACCACGGGAAGGGCUUGGCAGUAUGGCUUUCAGGCGCGGAGAGGGUGCGGGGGCUGCGUUUUGUUCUCGACGUCGGGGAGCUCGUCGAGGCAUACGAAACGCCGGGCCUGGCGUUUGCCUUGUGUGACCUGAGUAAAGCACUCGACACGGUGAAGCGGGGCAAGCACUGGGGGACUUUGCUGGGGCUUGGUUCCCCGGCAGGCUAUGCAGAGAGAGCCCGCAAUCUACAGAAAGUCAGAGACGCGGGCGGCGUCUCAGUGGGGGAGACACCGCGUAGAAGGGGCCACCACUGACCUGGGGGUGUGUCAGGGGUCACCCCUAUCGCUGUACCCCUACACUGUAACACACCUGCGACGGGGGAGGAGAUUGGUCGGAGGCUGGAAGUUGAAGGGCUGAGGGGAGUGGAAGUGACUAGACCAGCAAAAGCGACGGAAGCAAGAACCCCGAAAAAGCUGGCAAGCGACAGCCGGCCACAAGUGGAAACUGAGAAGGAAGGAGUGGGGCAGCCUGGCCUUCAAAGAGACGCAGCCACGCCGGGGGAUAGUACUGGAGCAACCGGGCGCAUAGGGAGCCGGCAAAGACACGGACGCAGCCGCCCGCCUCACUAUCUACGCAGACAGAGGGAGAACAUUGGGACACACGGCGGGGCAAACAGCUCGAGCUGUGGAGACCUUCGAAGAAGUUGGACAGGAGUAGGGCACGAUAGCCGUGAACAAAUCAAAGACAGAGAGCAGAUCCGCACGCGAGAGAAACGGAGCCACCAGACCAAGAAGGGAAGACCCUAGGCGAGAGACUCGGGAGCAAAGACGCCGAAGCGAAAGGGACUGACUUGGCCAAGAGGGGCGGGAGACUUGUCGGGGAUGUUAUAGAUAUCGACGGAGCCACGCAGCCGGAGGCGGCUGGCCGGUUGAAUAAGGCCAAGAAGGUCGCGAGAAUGGUCGGGCGCCUCUUAAGGGAUGAAGACUUCGACCAGCAUGACAGAGAGACUGGCAGAGGCGCUGGCAGAUAUUGCGUUGCCUUACGACCUCGGCACGCCCAAGCCCUCUGGCCAUGACGUGGGGCAGGUUUAUACUGGCUUAAAUCUAUUAGAUGCAGGGCAGAAAAAUGGGGCUGAAGGCUAGGCCCCGGAUGGAAUGGCUCUCAAUACUCAAUGCCAACGAAGGGCUGCGCAUAAAAAUGCCGGCCAGGAGAGUAAAGCCGGGGGGGGUAACACGUGCACGGAGUGCGGAAAAUGGAGAAAAUUCAGGAAGCGGCGGGAAACUCUUCCGAGAAGGAGCGGGAGGGGAGUCUCACAAAAUGGAGGAGCUCAGCGACCGACGCCGCGGAGAUUUUGCGGGACCCCGUGAAGCUAGAAGGAGAGCCGAGGGCACAGAAGUGGGCCGACAGCUGGGCACGGGGGACGUGGUGGACCUGGUCACACGGUGCCCGUAGUCAGUCCACUGCCCUGCGUGCUUGGAGGGAACUCUGGAACGUGGCGACGGGGUACUUCGCAACACCAGAGAGAAGGGGACGGAUAGGGGACACAGGCUGGGCCCUGUGCAAUUCUGCGGCCAGGAGGGUGGCAGAGGUCUUAAGGGGCUCGUGGCGCACUGGUUGAGAGCCGCAAAGGACGGGGGCAAGGAAGAUGGUGAAAGCUGCGGACAGGGGGCUGCAACAGAGAAGGAGCUGGCGCUGGAUGGGAAAAAAGGCAGAGGGCUCAUAAUGGGCACACCCCCAGGAGACCUGCCCCCCCGGAGGGGGCAGAACUGAGCCCCGAGGAAACCAGGGACGGAGGCGGAGCGCGGAUGGCGCUGAAGGCGAAAAAGUGGCCCAGCGUCGGGAACGGGAUACCGAUCCAGGACAAGCAAGAAGCGGGGGAAGCUCCUGGGAGGCUGGGAACAUGAUGAACAGGCGGGAGAACUUUUAGACCAGGACAGCCGACGGCUGUGGCCCUGGAGUGUGAAAAAGUGCCAGGGAGGGGGUGGGGCCGGGGACAUGUCGUCGCGGUAUGUACCAGGUGAGGCAUGGGACUGGCUGAGCACGCGAGAAUGGAGCAGGCCAAAAUGGUCAGAAAGGACGAAAAAUGGCGGGAGGCAUGACACGGGGCAAAUCGGAUGCGUUGGGGCCCGGUGGUGAAGGUAAAGGCCUGCCUCUACAGGGGGAGGGCGUGCGGCUGGCUGUCGGAGGGUCUGGCUGCGUGGUGUGAAGGGUGCAAAAGGGAAGAGGGGGGAGAAGCCUGGGCCACCCACUGCAAGGAAGCAGAACAGAAGGAGAAGGGGAGCGAGGGAGAGAAGGAGCAGAAAGGGGAGGGCAAAGCUUUCGGGAAAAGACAAAGAGAAGGAGAACAGGGGGACAGGGAGCCCAAGGGAGCCCAGCGCAAAGCCCAGAAAAGAGGAGGAGAAAAGGAGGGGAGGGGAAAACAAAGAGACCGGCGGCAGAACCGCUCGAAGAACUCAGGGAAGGAAAGGAGGAGAAGCCGGCCCUUGAAAUGGAGGGGAGAACGAAAAGGGAAAAAAAGACCGGCGGCGGAGCCGCUCCAGGACCCCAGGAGCGGGAACAAAGGGAAGAAGGCGCCAAGGGGGCAGGCGAGAGACGAGGACAGCGCGGCGAAGGAGGACAAGGAGGGCGCAAGGAAGAGGGGCGGCAAAUGGCCCCAAAGCAACAAAGAAGAGAGAGACAGCAGCAACGACAGGAGACGAAACCAAAAAGGGAGGAGGACGCCAAGGAAGUGAAGAAGACGGGAGAGAAGGGCAGAGAGCUUAGCAGGGGGACACCUAGGCGAAACCAGGCCAAAAAGACCAAGGAGGGAACGGAACAACAGAAAGAAGGACGCGGCGGAAGUGGCGGGGCUGCUUAAGGGGAGGCCCCCGAUGACGGGGGAACCCGUGCAGGAGGGCAAGGGGAGAGCUCUAAAGGCUCCCCUCGCCUCCCUGGGGUCCCCCGGAGAGGUGGCGGACGCUGGGCUGGUGGUCUCUCUCUGCGGGGUCGAGUCUGGUGGGGCCUUUUGCUUUAAAGAUGGCAGCCCUUUGUGGUGAGGUAGCUGCGGGGAUGAGAUGGCACCCCGCGCCGCUCGAUCGGUGGGCUUGCGUCAUCAUUGUCGCCAUGUUCUCCCUUCUGCUAGUGGCUUGCUGUUGUUGUUUUCGUUUCGUUGUUUUCUGCUCGUUGUUGUUGUCUUGUGGUGCUCUUGUUGUUGUCUUUCCUCUGUUGUUCUUUUGCUGCUGUCUUGCUCUCCUCUCUGUUGUCUCUCUGUCGCUGCCCCUGGCCCUUCCUUGUUGUUUUUUUGCUGUGGUUCUGCGGCUCUUGUUGCUCUGUUGGCUGUUGUCCUCAUGGGUGCUGUGUGUUCUUCUGCUGCUUUUUUUUCUCCUUGUUGUCUCUUUGUCCUUGUCUUGUAUCUGUUGCCCUGGUGUCAUUGUGGCUCCAUUGGUGUUUCCCUGUUGCUGUUCUUCUGCUGUUGUCCUUUUGUCGUCGUUCUCUUUUUGUUGUCUUUCUCUUAGGUGGAGUUCCUUAGUGUUCACACUGGCUGCGUCGCAGGAGUCCUUUAGUGUUCGCUCCCACGGUGUCUUAAGAGUUCUUUAGUUUUGACAUUACAGGCUUUUUACUUAAUGGCCUGCGGGUGUUCACAUUAUAGGGGCUGAACGUGUUCCGCGAUUUUUAAUGUGUUUUAUAUAGAGCUCUAUAUCGUGACUGAAGUGAUCUAAUCCACCCGUCUCAACACUGGCUUUUAUUGUACGCCUGGCGUGGCGGGAGGGACGGAAAAAAACCCAGUCUUGAAACAAGUACAGGCUGAGAAAGGGACGUGGCGCUGUGUACGCAUAGAGUUUCAUUUUCAUACGUAAGCGGGACAUGGACACGGCCAUGUUACCCAAAAGCAAGCUCGUUUGAAAAAUGUUGCGAGUCCGUUAUUGCAUACUCUAUAACAAGUGUACAAUACAAACAAACAAACUUCAACAUGUAGUAUGCACACGCUCAAGAUCCGAGCACCAUGAAUAUAGGCACACAUAUCAAGCAUUGACUUUCAUCUAUCAAAAGUCAACUUAUGCGGAGAACAAGUCCUAACUAACUACCAAUCACAUAAUAAAUUAACGAUAACGACCGCCAUGCAAAAUAAUAUGAAUAUGAUAACUACAUCUUUCUUCACUGAAACAAGUCAGCAAAUUACACAACUUUGGGAUAUGACCGAUUCGUGUGCGCAAUGCGUAGUCGAUCAGUCUUCUACUUGUACUUAAAAUACUUAAUCUAGAUAUCUUCAUAAACGUUGUCUAGAAAACUAAAAUCCAUUAGGCAGGCAUAUGGAAAUGGACUCGACUAAAAGUUAGUGUUGAAGUUGACGAUGACGUUAGUGGUGCCCACCAAUUACUAGAUGGCAACGCAACAUAGAAGCCUAACCGUCAGUCUCAGGCUCUUAGGUAAGGAAUAACGAAGCUCAGGCUGUUUGAACAACUCUUAGUAUUUGUAUUCCGAUGUCUGUGACUUAUAUCCUAGGACUGCCACCAUGGUCGAACGAAAGAAAUGUGGAAACGUACUGACAAGCGUCUCUACCAUUUUAUUCUUUUAGGUAGAUGUUAGAUUCCACGGUAGGCGGUAUGACAAAAGAGCAGGUGGAUGCUUAAAGUCAAUUCAUCAUAUUGAAAAAGACGAAGCUCUACGUGCAUAAAACUAACACAAAAACCACAUGGAUACAGAUAGCGCAUAGUAGAUGCAUAAAUAGACUGAAUCUGUUUCGUCCUGCUAGUAGCUUAGGACGACGGCUACUUGAGACACACACAUUUUUCGAUGCAUAAGCAGACCAAGUAGGGGUUGUGGCUCGAGAAGAAGAUAAGGUGCUUUGAGAACAACGGGGCACUACCUAAAACAAGACGGACUUCGAAGAGGUGGAUUUAGAUGCCGAGCAAGGAGAGGCUCAUUGGGGUCAUCACGACAGCAUCAAUUUCAACACAACUAACAACAAACAAAGCAUGUCUCUGCACUCUGUCUGUAGAGAAGCCCGCUUCUACAAUUUAGUCUCGACCAGAAAUGAAUAUGAAAGGGAAAGAUCAUUUUCAUUGCUGCAUUAGCAUUGAAUUGAUUUGAUGAAACUAUUAUGUCGAAAACAAUCAAUACGCUAUUUAUUUGCGCGGAGACAUACG